CAGUGCCUUACGCGGUGUGCUCGCGGCCAAACGUGUCUUAUGUCGUGAUAGUACAGUGAGUGAGUGCAGCCAUGGGUUGCGCCCGGGGGCUCUGCACCGCUGAGAAGAUCUUCAUAUUCAUCAACAUCGCAUUCGCGAUGUACGCUGGGGCGCUGCUGGCGACUGCUGCGAGGCUGGCUUGGGAUCCCAGCACGUACACGUGGUUCAGAUUCCUGUGCGCGGCGCAGUACCGGGUGUCUGCCGCGUACGUCCUGUUAGCAGGGCUGUGGCUCAUUGCAUUGGUAUACAUCGCGGCAGCCGCGCGACGAGCAGCCUGCCUCCAUAUUUACGCGGGUGGUGUGGCGUGUCUGGCGGUGAGCGAGGUGGCGUAUGGCGCGUGGAUGGCGGCGUCCCUUGCGGCGUGGUGGCGCAGCGCCCCACAGGCUGAGUUGGCGCGCCGAGCAAUGGACCUUGUGCACGACCUUAAGCCCGCGUUACUCGCCGUGGAACGGUACAGGGACAUCGCUAGACCAAUUUAUGACAUUAUUGAGGAAGUAGAACGAGAAGCGCCAAACAAUGUUGUCGUCAUCGUGAUAUUUGGUGUCGUUGGAAUGGUUUUACAGAUAGCAGCAUUUGUGAUGGCGCGCCGGCUGGCCACUAGACGUAGAAGUGCGGGAGAUGCUGCUGUGGUCGGUCACAGUGCGGCCAGCUGCAGCAGCGUGGAGUUGGAGAAGCGGCCGUGUGGACCUGGAGCUCCAGAUGAUGAUAGUGAUGUGGAGCCUGCGCCAGCGCUGCAUCCAUUACCGCCUGGUAGCCGCAAGAACGCCAACCUACGCAUGUACACUAUACUCGACAAGAUUUUCUAGCAGGACGAGAUGGAAUCAGGCGCUGUCGGCACCAGUAGGGGGCGUGUACAUCGCAGGGGGCGGAGACGUGGUGCGCGCGCCAACGCUGCGGCAGGAAUGAGCCGCGACGCGCGAUGGGACGCAGUGCACGCGCAGUUCCGCGCCUCCCGCACCCCCCACGCGCCCACUGCACCCACCGCACCCACCGCACCCACCGCGCCCACCGCACCCCCCGCACCCCACGCAGCGCUCCUCAUACUCCGAACUGAGCUUUAACGUCUCGAAUAAUAAUGAGUGUGAUAUUCGAAAAUAAACAUCCUAAAAUGGACUUUAAAACAAUAAGUUUAAGGUCUAUUUUUCUAUAUCCACUGUCAAUUAGUGGCCAACAACAAGUGAUACUCGAAAAUAAACAUCCUGAAAUGGACUUUAACACAAUACGUUUAAAGUCUAUUUUUCUAUAUCCACUAUCAAUUAGUGGUAACAUCGAAAUAUUGUGACUCGUGUUGUGAUUAACGAGGUUUGAUUUUUCUUUAAUCAAAGUAGCACUUUUAUAUAUAAGUAAA